AUGGGCUCUUCUGAUAAGGCAACCCUCAUUGAUGAUGGUGUAGAUGUGGAGUUUGGAAUUGAUAAUGUCUCUUCUAGCUACGCAUCUAAAAGGGGACCAGCUUCACCAGCUUUAUCAGAAGCAUCUUCUUGUACCCUAGGAGAAGAGAGUCCAGAGCCAGUAAUAGCGUCAAAUCUUGUAGUUGAAGAUUCCAUUGCCCUCAAUACGAGGUCAUAUUCUGCAUCUUCCUCUGAGUUGCCUAUCAAAAUCCCCACGCCCACCAAGAAACGGCUGCGAGAGGACGUUGAAUUGUCUUGGUCAACUCGGGAGAUCUUUAACACAGCCAAGCGCCACAUCGGAGCUCCUGUUACGGCUUUUCAUAAUACCUCUACUAAUUCUAAACCUCUUCAACUCCGGACUGUUCCGCAAGCUGCCUCGCUCAACCAGAGAAUUCCGUUACACAGUUUGCGUACCCACCAAUCAAAACCUCUGGUCAGAUCUGCUCCUCUUCCAGUUCAGCCCAGUGCCCCUCUCGCCAAUUCUAAUGCAUUCCGCCAUGCUCCUCUCCCAAUGGCACCAAAGCAACUCAUUAACCUCGACGACGAAGACAUCCCCACGAAAUUUCAAGUACCUCCCGGGAGCAUAAUCAUCGAUCUAGAAGACUAUGAGAUAGAAGCUGAGCUGGAGAAAGAGAUCUUUGGAUUUGAGCCACAGAUUGCAGCCCAAGCCAACUUUCAACGUGCCUUACUUGCUAACAGAAACCCUAAGAUCGUACUUCCCUAUGUCGAGGAUGAGUCAUUACCCUGGAAAUCCAGUUUGCUCAGACCGGGGAAAACAGUCGAGCUUAGCAAUGGAACGUUUCUGAAAAUCAAAUCAAUUGUCAGGAAUGUUGCAAAUGAUGAAGUUUCCAUUAGAGGAUGGAAGCUCGUACGUACCCGCGACUCUAUUCUCGGUGGAAUUGCAGGGAAGAAGAGGAACAAAUUGGUAUUUGUCCAUGAAAUAGAUGGGAAUGAUAGACGUGAUGCUUUGGAGCAGUCUGUGCACACAAUUCGAGUUGAUGAAGUUGUAAAGAUACGACGUUUAAUUUGUACUAAUAAAUCGUUCCCUGAAUGUAGAUACAACAAAGAAGACAUUCCUCCAGAAAUUCGAAAGAAGGGGGAGAAAGAAAUACUGCAAUAUGUGGAGGAUGAGAUGUUGUUGGUGGCUAGGAGAGCUUUUGUGGCCAGAUAUGCAGACGCGGAGGAAAGAUUGCGGAAAGGUCCACUCCUGGAUCGACCUAGCCAAUCAGCGAUUUUGAGAUCCCUCGAAAAGGAAGAGUGUACAGAGGGAGAGUUUAUUGAUCUGGAUAUUAAGAAGAAGGAGUGGAGAGGCGAAACUGUUCUAGGUGGCUCGGGAAACGACAAAAAUGUUGAUAAUCCAUCCAGCUCUAGCUCUAAAUAUACGUACGGCGAUGGAUAUUGUGGAGCAGGCGGUAUGACAGUGGGUGCUGCAGCUGCUGGCCUCAAAGUCAAAUGGGGCUUUGAUCUCAACCCUCACGCGGGACUUACAUGGCAGAACAACUUCCCACUCGCGGAAUUUCAUCUUCUUCCAGUCAAUGAAUUCGCAGCUCUCCCGGAUCCUCGCAAAAAUCUCUGGGUCGACAUCCUCCAUCUAUCUCCUCCCUGCCAAGUUUUUUCUCCUGCGCAUACGGUUCCAGGACGCAAUGAUGAAAUGAAUUAUGCGAGUCUUUUUGGCGUCAGAUGUGCGAUUGAAAAGGCUCGACCAAGAAUUGUCACUCUGGAACAGACUUUUGGAAUCUUACAUCCGCAAAAUAAAGACGCUUUCAACGGGUUAGUAACCUGUUUUACCGAUUUGGGCUAUAAUGUUUCGUGGCAAGUGGUGGAGUUUCAGGGAUAUGGGUUGCCGAGUAAGAGGAAGAGAUUGAUCAUUCUUGCGUCUUGUCCAGGAGAAGCCCUCCCCCACAUACCCGAAUACACCUACCACCCCCCACACCUCAGCAGCGACAGCAAAAAACCCUACAAGACCCCCAACCAAGUGCUCUCCAGCAUUUCCCCCGACGCCCCCAACCACGAACCACACACGCCGCAACUAAACCGUGCAAACUAUGUACCCUGGGACGGCUCCGUCAUCUGCGCUUGUAUCCUAACUAACGGCGGUUCCGGACUCGGCUUACCAGAUGGCAGUCGUGGAAUGACGAAUAGAGAAUUAGCUGCUCUGCAGGGAUUCCCUCUAAACCAUGUUUUUUAUGGAUGUGAAAUUAGGAGACAGGUGGGGAAUGCGGUACCCCCUGUUUUUGGGAGGAUUUUGUUGGGGAGUGUGAGGAGGCAGCUUGAGAGGAGGGAUGGCUGGGUUAGAGGGGAGGGGAUUGUGAUUAGUGAUGAUGGGGAGUGA